UUGUCUAUCUUCUCUUUUUCAGGAGUAUGCGUGGCCGGUGUGGUCGUCAUCUUUGCCGACUCACUGCGAGCACGAGCAUUUGCUGUAGACCAAUUAUUUGUUUUUCUUCUUCCUAAGCUUAUUCCACUUGGAUUGUUUUUUCAGAUGCUAUCAGUCUACAUUACGGUUCUGGCAGCGUUCGACUGUUUUAUCUCAGUUUUACGGGGGCCACCAUCUGUUAAUUCACGAUCCACAUGGGCACCGAGGGUCUUGGCUGGUGUGGUUAUAAGUGUAGCUGCCUACAAUCUUAUACAGUUCGCUGAUCUCGAGGCUGUCGAAUGUCUCCAUCCAGACAAUUACACCCUGUAUGAGCUUUGCCCAACGGAACUCCGAGUUAGCGAACUCUAUGUCGUUGUUUACAAAGGUUACAUGUAUGCCCUUUCCAUGGCAUUCAUACCGUUUUUACUGCUCACUGUUUUAACUAUCGGAAUACUAUAUCUUCUGAGAAAAAAGCAGGAAAAAACUGAGAAAAUUAAAUGUAAGUUUUGGAGUUGAUA